AUGGUUCUAAUGAAUUCCGAAGGACAGACCGUCGGUAGCCCAGUGGAUCCAACGAAUGACAAAGAAUCCUGCCCAGCAACACCAUCUAAAGAUUGUUUCAAAGUUGACAACGGUAAGAUGGACUUUGGUUUUUAUGUAUGCCGCCCGACUGCCUUCAGUUACCUGAAUGCAACCCAAAACAACGCACCCAUCUUUGUAGGUGUCAACUAUGUCAUGGUGACGGGAAUAGCUGAAUCAGGGCCGCUGGUUGUAAAGUUAACUGCUGGUGGCAAAAGUAUGACAGCCACAAUCAACGCGGCAGCUUGGACAUCAGGCUCAUCUGCAAUCGUCCUCGCCAAUUUAGCCCUCCUCUUUUUCUUCCAUUAG